CUACCUCUCUCCUCAGCCACGCCGUGCUCCUUUCCCUCACUCGCCAGUCGCCACCCUCGCGGCCUCGCCGCGUGCUCCUUUACUGCUCUCUGCUCGCGCAGGAGGGCCCACCUUUCAGCCUCCGUCACGUCACCGGCUCCGCCUCCCGCCGAUUCCUUCCUCCCCGUGGAAGCAACCCGCAGCGGCGGCGACGGCAGCGGCGUCGGCGGCGGGGACGAGGUGGGGAGUCGAGAGGAAGAGAUGGAGUACAGGAGAGUGAAGGACCAGGAGAGCUAUGAUGUUGUAUCUCAGAAAGACAUAGAAAGCCCUGGUGAGAGGUCUCUUUCUAGCACUUCAGCAACCUCCAGUCUUAGCACAGCAGGAGCUUCAAAGGGCAAGAAUAGUUGGAAGUUAAAGUCCAUUGUUACACUUGCAUUGACAUUACUAACAAGUUCUCAGGCAAUACUAAUUGUGUGGUCGAAAAGAGCUGGAAAAUAUGAAUAUAGUGUCACUACGGCAAAUUUUUCGGUGGAAGCUUUAAAAUGUCUGUUAUCUCUCAUAGCCCUGUACAGAACAUGGAACAGUCAGGGUGUUACAGAAGAUAAUAGGUUAAGUACAUCGUUUGAUGAAGUUAGUGUUUAUCCUAUUCCUGCCAUACUUUACAUGGUAAAGAAUUUACUGCAGUAUUACAUCUUUGCAUAUGUGGAUGCACCAGCUUAUCAAAUCCUGAAGAACCUGAACAUUAUUAGCACGGGUGUGUUAUACCGCAUCAUUCUAAAGAAAAAGUUAAGUGAAAUUCAGUGGGCUGCAUUUAUUCUUUUAUGUGCCGGUUGCACUACAGCCCAGCUGAACCCCUCGUCAGAUCAUGUUCUGCAAACCCCUAUUCAAGGUUGGGUGAUGGCAAUUGUGAUGGCUCUUCUAAGUGGUUUUGCGGGGGUAUACACAGAAGCAAUCAUCAAGAAACGUCCUUCAAGAAACAUCAAUGUGCAGAAUUUUUGGCUGUACAUUUUUGGAAUGCUCUUCAAUUUAGUUGCAAUUUGUGUUCAGGACUUCGAUGCUGUCAUGAAUAAAGGUUUUUUUCAUGGCUACUCAUUCAUUACUGUUUUGAUGAUUCUUAAUCAUGCACUCAGUGGCAUUGCUGUAUCAAUGGUGAUGAAAUAUGCUGACAAUAUUGUCAAGGUGUACUCAACUUCAGUUGCCAUGCUUCUUACAGCAGUUGUAUCUGUCUUUUUGUUUGGCUUCCAUCUAUCCCUUGCUUUCUUCCUCGGAUCUACGGUUGUUUCUGUCUCCGUAUAUCUGCAUUCAGUUGGGAAACCACAACCGCAGAAAUGAGCUUUACUUUCAUGGCUUCAUCUUUUGAAGUAUCGGCAAGUGGCAGCAUAGAAUGAUUUUUGGGUGGCACCGUUGGUACUACUGCAGAAUGCCGGAGAAGAGAUUCAUUCUUGACCAUCUGACUACUCUUGAGUCUUGAGCCAACUUCUUGAUGGAUUUCGGACUUUACCUCCAAGCCGAGCCAACCAGCCGACGAUCAAUGCAGAUCUACUGAAGUUUUGACCGCUUGACUGAUGAUUUGAAGCUCUCUUUUGCCCGUCCCCAGAUGCUUGCCAUUUAUUUCUUACUCCUAAUUCAUUUCAGCCUACUAUAGCGAAGAGCGUAUGUGCUACCACGUAGCAAACAUUUUCUGACAAACAAGUAUGUCAUAUCAUUAUCUGUAGUUCUUUGGAGCAUUAUCUGUAGUUUGUACAAAUACGAAAGGAUGAUUCACCCAACUUGCGGCAGCUUCUCUGGCCACUGUUCUUGUCAUUAUUUGAGCCCAAAGGGGUGGGAUUCAGAAACAUCAUCACAGUGGUGUGGACCGGCCCAUAGGGUGAAUUCAUCUAUAUUAAUUUUUGAGAAAAA